UAUUUCUUGCAUCGUCAAAAUGACCAAACUAACCUUCCUAACAUGCGCUCUGAUCAUCGCCUCCGCCGCCGCCAGAGACGCCGACAACCUCUACGACACCUGCCCGGCGGCCAACGCCACCGCAGCAGAUCCCAGGAUCUUCAUCAACGGCCUUCCCUGCAAGGAUCCUUCCGACGUGGCGCCGUCGGACUUCAAGUCGACGCUGCUGUCCCGCGGCGGCGACACCAACGGUUUCUUCCGGUCGUCCACCACCGUCGCCACCGCCGCCGAGUUCGCCGGGCUGAACACGCUCGGGCUGUCGGCUGCCCGUACGGAUAUCGACGUGGACGGAAUUGUCAUGCCGCACGCGCACCCACGCGCCGCCGAGAUGGUGUACGUGUCGGCCGGAGUUGUGGUCGCCGGAUUCUUGGACUCCGGCAGCCGAGUGUUCCAGAAGCGUCUAGAAGAAGGGGACGUGUUCGUGUUCCCUAAAGGGCUUUUGCAUUUCUGCUUCAACUUUGGGUUUGAGAAGGCCACGCUGUUUUCGGUGCUCAACAGCCAGAGUCCGGGACUUCUUAGCAUUACGGGGAAUUUAUUUGGUCGCGAUGGGAGAGAAAGGUUGGUGGAGAAGCUGAGGUCCUUAAAGGGCCGGGACUUCAACGAGGCUGCUGAUUUGUUUGUUUUGUGAAAAUUUUUAUUAUACUAUAUAGAAUUGAUGAGAAAUUGAUUUUUUUUCCCUUUAUUAUUAAUUUUAAUAUUUCUAACUUAUUUCUUCAUGUGUUGUAUAUAGAGAAUUUAUGUUCGACUUGGUGACUUUGUAAUUGAAUUUAAAAUUUGUUAUAAUAUGCUCUGUUGAUUUGUUUCUAAA